GUCCUCGACGACCGCGACCUUCGCAAACACGUCUGAAACCCCGGCGUCCAUGUCGCCCGUCCGCCACCUCCGACGAGCACGAACGUUGCCCGUUAGCGUGGCGGCGCACGUGUCCUAUCAAGGCUCCGCCCGCUCUCUCGCCCGCAUGGAGCGCAUUGGGAAUGCCGGCCCCUUGAUCCCCAGACGACGAUAAGUACGAAGUUCCGAGGACGGACGCGUUCCCUCGUCGCUGCUUCUUCUCUGCCCGCCACCAUGGCUGAGUUCACACUCCGGGACCGCAUGAGGAACGUCUCCCUGAUCUUCGCAUGCGGGACAGCGCUGUUCUCGGACGGCUACGCGAACAACGUGAUCGGUAGUGUCAAGACCUACCUCACGCGCAUCUACGGCCCCGACAUCCUCGAGCGCCAUGACUUCAGCACCAUCCUCUCCUCCGUCGCCUUCGCUGGCACGGUCGUCGGCAUGCUCGUCUUCGGCUACCUCUCCGAUAAGAUGGGACGCAAGUUCGGGAUGAUGACGGCCACGGGCAUCGUCGCGUUCUUCUCCUUCCUCUCGGCGUGCUCGCAGGGCGUGAGCACCGAUGGACUGCUUGCCAUGCUCUGCGUGAUGCGAUUCUUCAUCGGGAUUGGCAUUGGCGCUGAAUACCCGUGUGGCUCGGUGUCAGCGUCUGAGCAGUCGGAAGGCAGUGCCAUUGCAAAGGGCACCCAGCACCGAUGGUUCACGCUCGCCACGAACUCCAUGAUUGACUUCGGCUUCGUCAUCGGCGCCUUCGUUCCCUUGGUCCUUUACUGGAUCUUCGGCGACAACCAUCUCCGCGCCGCAUGGAGAGGCUCACUGGCACUCGGUACCGUCCCCGCCGUCCUGGUCUUCCUCUGGCGUCUGAACAUGGACGAGCCGGAGCGGUACAAGAAGGACUCCAUGAAGCACGCCAAGAUCCCGUACUUGUUGAUCUUGCGCCGCUACGGCUGGCAGCUCGCCGCCAUCUCCUUCACCUGGUUCCUCUACGACUUCAUUACGUAUCCCUUUGGCCUGUACUCCUCCACAGUCGUGGACAGCAUUACAGGCGGUGCGACGGCGCUGAACGUAGUAUUCGGCUGGAGCGUCGUCAUCAACGCGUUCUACCUGCCCGGGACCAUUAGCGGCGCCUUCAUCGUCGACUACCUGGGCCCGAAGAACACCAUGAUCUUCGGCCUAAUCAUGCAAGCCAUCAUAGGCUUCAUCAUGAGCGGAUGCUACAAGCAGCUCUCCGAGCACAUCGCAGCCUUCGCCGUCGUAUACGGCAUCUUCUUGUCCUUUGGCGAGGUCGGACCCGGCAACUGCCUGGGAUUGCUAGCGAGCAAGACGUCCCCGACGGCCAUCCGCGGCCACUUCUACGGCAUCGCGGCAGCCAUUGGGAAAAUCGGCGCGUUCGUGGGUACGUGGGCCUUCCCGCCCAUAAUUGACGCGUUCGGUGGCGCAUCAACCGACCGCGGCAACACCGGUCCUUUCUGGAUCGGGAGUGGGCUUGCUGUCUUGAGCGCGAUUGUCACGUUCUUCUUCAUCCGGCCCUUGGAGCACGACGGUAUGUUGGAGGAAGAUGCCAAGUUCCGCGAGUAUCUCGAGGCGAACGGGUACGACACCUCGCAGAUGGGUCUGAUCGACACCGUCUCGACUGUGUCUGUCGACCUCGAGAAGGACAAGAAGGAGAUAAUGUCGUAGGUAGAUAUGCCUGCAGGGAUGUCCUCUAUGUUGUCGUAUUGUUGCACGUCGCAUUGUUAUGAUCACGUCGCGUAAUUAUAUUAUCUUGGGUCUUGCGUGUUCA